AUGGCUGCCGCCUUUGACGACGAAGACCUCUCCGUCUCGCUUGCGUCGAUCCCUCCCAAUCCGAAUAACAGACAACAACGCGAUCAAUCGGCAGCCGAUGCAAUGUCCAACGCGAAUCCCGCGGCGAUGGCGAUGCCGCCUCCACCACGUCCAAACAAUAACGUCCUCAAUGGACACCAUAACGGCGGUAACCGCGGCUCUUCGGCAUCUGUACAAUCACCGGCGACACGGCGAGAUAUGCAACGGUUAGAUCAAUAUAAGACGGUUGAAGUGUUGGGAGAAGGCUCGUUUGGCAAGGUCAAAUUGGCGAUUCAUCAGCCUAGUGGACGCAAGGUUGCGCUGAAGAUUAUUCCUCGGCGGAAGUUGUUGUCAAGAGAUAUGGUCGGACGGGUUGAGCGUGAGAUUCAGUAUUUGCAAUUGCUUCGGCAUCCACAUAUCAUCAAGCUAUAUACCGUCAUUCCCACAAAGUCGGAUAUCGUUAUGGUCUUGGAAUACGCCGAGAGAGAAUUAUUCGACUACCUAGUCAAGCGAGGCAAGUGCAACGACGACGAAGCGCGCAAGUUCUUCCAACAGAUUAUCUGUGCUGUCGAGUACUGCCAUCGCCAUAAAAUCGUACAUCGAGACUUGAAACCAGAGAAUCUAUUGAUUGAUAGCGAGAAAAACGUGAAGAUUGCAGAUUUUGGUCUCAGCAACAUUAUGACGGACGGAAACUUUCUCAAAACUAGCUGUGGAAGUCCUAAUUAUGCCGCACCGGAAGUCAUUUCAGGAAAGUUGUAUGCCGGUCCCGAAGUCGACGUGUGGAGUUGCGGAGUUAUAUUAUACGUUCUACUCGUGGGCCGCUUGCCGUUUGAUGAUGACUAUAUUCCUGCACUAUUCAAGAAGAUCGCUGCCGGAAAUUUCCAUAUGCCUUCGUAUAUCUCGCCAGGAGCUGCCAGGCUCAUCCGAGCCAUGCUACAGGUUCACCCGGUUCACCGAAUCAGCAUUGCUGAGAUCCGACAAGACCCAUGGUUCCUCGAUGGUCUCCCUAAAUAUCUUCAACUACCCCAAGAGGAGUUUGUCACCACUGGAGCCGAUCCAAAUAAAGCAGUCGACCGUCGCAAGUUCGCACCGGGCAAGUCUACCAGUGUACAGCAAAAGAUUCACGAUUUUGCCAUCAACAAAUUGGAGCACAGCAUGGGUUACAAGAAGGAGGAAAUCGAAGAUGCUUUGCGAAAGGCUGAGCCUAGUGCUGUUAAAGAUGCAUUCUUCAUUAUUGCCGAAAAUGAAUUGAUGCAAACAAACUCUCCCCAAGAAGACUCUCUCGAUAUGUCUUCUCCGCCAACACCCUCAUCCCCCAUGACCAAUGAUAGUAGUGGUUAUAGUUCCCCGCGAGCUCCAAAAUCUGCAGCGGCUGCACUUCGUCAAGAAAACGCACUUACACCACUGACACCUCACACCCGGGAAGCAACACCGCCACUAGCUCCUCCAAGUACCUGGGGGGCCAUGCCAAUGGAAGAAGAGCCUCGCUUAAGCCACGUGCGUAUUCUUCCUACCAGUCUUCCAUAUGUUCACGAUCAGAUUAUGGAGCAACGGGAUGGUAUCCGAGAACGCGCCAGGAGACAAAGGGCGGAUGCCGAAGAGAAAGCUGGCAUUUCUGAAGAUCGCACUUUAGAACAGCAGGCGGCAACGUUCAGGGCUCUCAAGCCCCAUGCUCGUAGCGUCGUUGAUCUGGAUAAGCUUCGAUUAGAGCCGCCGGAGAAAUUCCAUGCGGCGCCUAUGCCAUCAAAGAGGUCAAGAAAGUGGCAGUUUGGUAUCCGAUCACGUAAUCAGCCUUAUGAAGCCAUGCUAUGUUUAUACAAAGCUAUUGAAGCGAUAGGCGGUGUCUGGGAGAUUAUACCAGCCGAGCCAGAGGGCGACGCACCAUUGGAAGAACUCGAUCCGAACAAGCCCAUGCCACUGCAACGAAAAUACCCCGAUCUACCAUCAGACUACUACAUCCCCAAAGAUCCAUGGUUCAUCCGCGCACGUUUGUUAAAAGAAGGCGUUACAGCGCCCGGAGUAUCACUCAGCGCCCACAGCAGCCGCAGUGAUCUAGGUGAUCUCCGCCGCAAAGUUAAUCUCAUGAACGCCUCUAUCAGCGCCGAAGACAAAGCCGCCAUUGCCGCCGCAGUGCAAGCCAACGCCGACAGCGGCGGUGGCGCGGGUAGCAGCAGCAUCCCCAGCGCACCCUCAUCACUGGAACAUGUCCAAUCAAUGCGAAUCUCGUACGGAGUAUGGUGUUUCAUCGACAUCCAACUCUAUCAACUCGAAGCUACCAAUUACAUGGUCGACUUCAAAUGCGACGGAUACCAAAACGUGAUUCGAGCCGAUAUAGAUGGCGAAUGGCGACCGGUCAGCAAACGUAUUCGCAAUAAGGAGAAGGAAGUUACUAGUCCUUAUCCUUAUUUGGAUGUUGCGUCGGAUUUGGUUGCUCAGCUGGCGAUUGCCAGUUAG